UCUCUCUCUCUCUCUCUCCAUAUUCUCCAAUAAUGGCUUCCUCUCUUCAUCCCGUUCUUCUUGUCUCAGUCUCGUGGAUCUCCCUCCUGGCUCUGCUAAUCUCACCCGCGCAAGCAGCCACCUGCACCUCACAGACAUUCAAGAACAACAAGCUCUACGCCCACUGCAGCGACCUCCCCUUCCUCAGCUCCUACCUCCACUGGACCUACAAUGCCUCCAACUCCUCUCUCUCCGUCGCCUUCGUGGCGAAGCCGGCCAAAUCUGACGGCUGGGUCGCGUGGGCCAUCAACCCCACCGCGACCAAGAUGGCUGGGGCCCAGACCCUCUUAGCCUACAAGACCGAGAACGGGGCACCAGCCGUCAACACAUUGAACAUCUCCUCGUACAGCUCCAUCGUGCCGGGAAAACUCUCGUUCGACGUCUGGGACGUCAGCGCGGAGUUUUCCAACGACACCUUCACGAUCUUCGCCACCGUCAAGGUCCCGAAGGACGCGGCAUCCGUGAACCAGGUCUGGCAGGUGGGCUCCGCCGUCAACAAGACCUCCGGUUUCCCCGAGAAGCAUGACGUCGCCCCACCCAAUCUCAAGUCGUUUGACACCUUGCCCUUGGGGGCCAAUUCCACUACGGGCACUCCCGCUGGUACUAAUACCACUACCAAUAGCACUGGUGGUGGUGGUAGCGGAGCCUUGAGGAUUGGGAGUGGAGGAAACAUGGUAUUGUUCUCUGUUUCGCUUUUGGUUCUUGGAGCUCUCAUUGCUCUCUAAAUUUAGUUUUUUUUUUUUUAUUUAUAAAUUUUUUUUCUUAUUGAUGAGUCCAAGUGGGAGAUGGAGAUUUCAACACUUUUAGGUGGAAAUAUUUAUUAUAUAUUCCAUGAUAUUUAUGAUUUCCCCAUUGAUUUAAAUUAUCUCUCCUCCUCAUCUGCAUCUUGAAUCGAUGAGAGAAAAGAGAUGGCUCUAGUUGGUCAUUAAUUAAUAGGGUGGAUCUUGAUGAGAGGAAAUGCUUGUACCAUUUAAUUUAGUUUAAUAUUUUCCUUUAUUUUCA